GCGUAUCCUAGCAACGAACGCGUAAACUCGAGCGGAGAAGAUGGCGUCGCAGAGGGAGCAGGACGCUGCGGACUAUCUGCGGAAACACAAACUGCUCGAGCUCAUGGAGAACCUGAGCUGCAUGCUGCUCUUCCACAGACCCGAGAAUCCCAGAGAGUUUCUUGUGGAGCAGCUGGAGCAGCUGAAGUUAUCUCAGCAAAGUGGUAAAAAAGGGCCCAAUCUGUUUAACAACACCAACCUGGACGCAGUCUUUGGGAUACUGGACCCCACCAAUCAAAAAUACAUCACUUUUGCCCAAUACAAGCAUGCUCUGACCACACUGGGCAUAAAAAACAUUAAUGAAUGCCCCGAUGGUGUGAAUGAAGACAGAAUAACCCAUGAGACCUUUAAAACAGAAGCGAUUGAAGGCCUGCAGAGAUGCUCAGCAACGUACGAACAACUGUGAACUUUGCUUUAAUGUUGUUCUUUUUACUCAUGGCGCUGAGAUGUGUUUGGAUGUUGCCAUUGAGGAUUUUUGUGGAGCUUGUAUAUUGAACUCACUUUCUCUUAAACUGCCUAUAUGUU